AUGGCCUCAUGCGUGGUCGUCGUGGGCGGAGGCGUCGUGGGCACGAGCAUCGCGUACCACUUGGCCAAGUACGGGGCGAAGAACGUCAUCUUGCUCGAGAAGACGGAGCUCACGGCAGGCUCGACGUGGCAUGCAGCCGGCCUCGUGACCUACUUCAACCCGGGCAUCAACCUGAAAAAGUUCCACCGUUAUAGCCUCGACCUGUACAAAACACUGUACGAAGAGACGGGCGCGAGCGUCGGCCUCCACGAGCCUGGGAGCAUUCGCAUCUGCACCACGCCCCAGCGCAUGGACGAAGCCAAGUACCAGCAGUCGCGCCAAAACUGGCAUCCCGGCUACCAAAAGAUCAUUACGCCUGAAGAAAUCGCGGUGCUGCAUCCUCUCCUCAAUAUGGACGGGAUCCUUGGUGGCAUCCACACCAAGGGCGACGGCCACAUCGAUCCCUACAGCGUCACUAUGGCGCUGGCCAAGGGCGCUCGGCAGCACGGUGCCACGAUCCUCCAGCACACGCCGGCGCUGUCGUUGCACGAGCGCGCGGACGGCUCGUGGGACGUUGGGACAAAGCACGGGACGCUCCACGCUAAGACCGUGGUCAAUUGCACGGGGUUUUGGGGCCGCGAGCUCAUCGAACAGCUCGGUAUCGACCUGCCCCUCGUAAGCAUUGAGCAUCAGUACGUGAUCACGAACUCAAUCCCGGACGUCCAAGCGCUCCCAUCGGAGCUCCCCGUGAUCCGCGACCUUGAAAACUCGUACUACCUACGCCAAGAGCGUACGGGUAUGCUCAUCGGACCCUACGAAGAGGCAAUAUCCAUCGAUACAUUUGACUUGAACGGCUCAAUGCGUCUCGAUUGGCAGGCGACGGGCGUGCCUCCGAGCUUUGGCAAGGAGCUCUUUCCAUCGGACGUCGACCGCAUCUUCCCGCACCUCGAAGCUGCGAUGGAGCGCAUGCCAAGCCUCGCGGACGCCGGUACGCGCGCCGUGCUGCUUGUGUGGUCCACAAAGUGUAUCUAUCGUAGGCAUUCAAACGUGACUUGUGGUCCUAUCUGCUACGCGCCGGACGCGCUCCCGAUCGUGGGUCCACUGCCGCGCCACGGCAGCAAGCGGCUGCCCAACAUCUUUGUUGCCAACGGCAUGUCGUACGGCAUUGCGCAUGGCGGUGGCUGCGGCGAUUACGUUGCUCGCUGGAUCCUCGACGGCGAGCCGCCCUACGACCUCACCGAGAUUGACCCGUGCCGCUACGGUACGUGGACGACGCCAGCGUACGUCGCAGAGAAGGCUCGAGAAAGUUACGGCGACAACAAUUUGAUCACGCACCCGUACCUUGACAAGAAGCGCAGCCGCAACAUGCGUCCGACGGCCUUGUACGUGCUACUGCGACAGAAGGGCGCGCAGUUUGGUGCGCACGCGGGCUGGGAGGUCCCCCACUGGUUUGCAGCGACGCCCGACGAGCAAGGCCACGAAGCGUCGUUCUACCGCACCAACGCGUUUGCCGCCGUGAAGCGCGAAUGCCACGUCGUCAUGGAGCACGUCGGCAUCACCGACUUGAGUGCGUUCAGCACGUAUGAGGUGUCGGGGCCGCGCGCUCGCCACUUUCUCGAGUCGCUCUGCGCCAACUCAAUCCCAGAGACGGGCAAGGUCCGUGUCUGCCACAUGUUGACGCCCAAGGCCAAGGUCAUGGCCGAGCUUACCAUUUCGGCCAUCGCGGACGAUCAUUUUUACGUCGUCACGGGCUCGGGCUCGGAGCUCCACGACCUCCGAUGGAUGGAAUCGUACUUGGACGAAUGGCAAUACAGCAGUGAGGACGUGAGUGUGCGCAACACAUCCGAUGACGUGGGUGUCUUGGGCGUCGCGGGGCCGGACGCCGAGAUCCUCUUGCAGCACCUCACGCGCUCGGACGUCUCGGCGGCCGCGUUUCCGUUUAUGCACUUUGCGACCAUGGACGUCGCGGAUGUCGCGACACGGGUCAUGCGUCUAAGCUUCACGGGCGAGCUCGGCUUCGAGCUUCACGUGCCGCUCAACGAGGUUGCCACCGUGUACAAGGCGCUCUGGGCGGCCGGUGACAAGCUCGGUCUGCGCGUCGGGGACGUCGGUACGUGGGCCGUGAACGCGAUGCGGCUGGAGAAGGGCUUUCGUGUGUGGGGCCUCGAUAUGAACAAAGACACCAACCCGCUCGAGGCCGGGCUCGGCUUCUUCGUCAAGGUCAACAAGAAGACGCCGUACAUUGGCCAAGCAGCAGUGCAGCAGAUUGCAAAGGAUGGACCCGCGCGCACGCUGGUGAUGCUGGACGUGCACAACGACCCGCCCAAGCCGGGCCACCGACAUAUCGAUGCGGCGGGCAACGAGGCGGUGUGGAGCAACGGACGCGUCGUGGGUAACACGACAUGCGGCGGCUUCGGCCACAUCGUCGGCAAGAGCAUUGCCUUUGCCUAUGUGCCCACAGAGCUCGCCGUGCCCGGCCACUCGGUCGACAUCGAACUGGUCGGUCACCUUUACAAGGCGACGAUUGCGCUCGAGCCGUUCAUGGACACGCAGCCAACGCGAGUGCGAAAGGAGCUCAAGAAGAAGAAGGCCACUGUUGGGUAG